CAGGAAACGAUGAUGGGGAGCGAAAAGUGUUCAAUACUUUCUUGGUUUUUUAUAUUUGCAAUGAUUCCUCCAAUCCUUCGUUCCACGAAAAGUCACGCGAAACGGUUGACGUACAAAGAUAUGAUAGUUGAGAUAAAAGUAUUGAAUGAUCCAGAAGGUGCAACGCGGUUUGCUAUUCUCAAAUAUAUCGAUGAAAAAUGGAAGACCAUAACAAAAGCGAAAGCAAAAGAUCAACCAAAGGAUAAAGGAGCUGAGAAAACGAUUCGGACAUUUUACAGAACAGCAAUCUAUGAUCUUCGAAAAGAUGGAGUCAUUCAAUAUACAACGCGUGAAACAUUUGCACUCACAACGCAGGAUCCUCAAAAUAGCCCAUUGAAAAAAUCGCCUUCACGUGCAGCAGCAGGAGGGAAAGGUGACUCGAAAGCUCAAGGAGACAAUGAGAGCUCAAGUAGCGAGGAUGAUGACUGAUGAUCAUUUGAAAAAGGGCAAAGCAGAAGCAGAGUAGAGAUUCGCCCGGCAGAACGGCCGUAAGACUCAACAACAAUGACAAGGCUCGACGAUAUCACCAAGCCAAACAACAGCUGAAGAAAGACGACAUUGCGACGGAGGAUCGUCGUAAGUAUGGUAACAUACUUCAGAUAGCCGACAAAGAUCACAUAGUUCUGUGGUCCGAGCUGAACAUCGAGGCAAAAUCAAAACUGGGAUUUGGACAGACCGGCGACGUGCUUCAAAUCGAACGAUCUGGCAGAUCGGAAGCUUUAAAGAUGUGUAGAUUAGCUGGUCCUGAUACCGUUCAAAAUGCCUACAAAGAGCUAAAAAUUUGGCAGUCGAUAAAAGCGAUUCAAAUGGCAACUCCAAAUUUUCCUGAUUUUUAUGGAUCAUGCGUUAUUAAGGAAGUCCAAGGCAACGUGGAAAAACUUCUUCGUCAUGCUGGAAAAGUGUAUUGUGGAAUAUUCUCUGAGAUAUGCAAGAAAAGACUGGACAAUAUUAGAAGAAACUCGUUGACUUGUUCUGAGUCUGUGGCAAUUAUGCAACAAUUGGUUCUCACAUUGGCCAUCGCUAAGGAUCGAAUAUUAUUAAACCAUAGAGAUUUAUUUGGUGGAAAUGUACUAAUUAAAGUCACUGGCAAAACAAACCUCCAUUAUACGCAUAAUGGAGUCAAGAUUACACUGAUGAGGAAGGCUAUGUUGUGUAUCUUGUUGAUUUUGGACAAAGUGCAAUUGGCCAGGACACUGCUACUUCUGAUCUAUCGUAUGGACUCCCGAGAAUUGGUGCCGAACUAAUGACAAGAACGGUCACUGCUGAGAAACAGGAGCUAAAGAAGAAAUUUGAAUUGAUAGGAAAAGUAGAUAACGACGCACAACUUCUGAAUUCUGAGCUCAUGAAAUAAAAGAGGACGAUUUCGCUAAUCAAACAAUUUUUAUUUCAACGUUUAAUCUUACAAUUCACAUAUUUCUUGAUAGAUUCUAGUGCAUUUUGACUCGGUUUGCUGUCGGUUCUUUUUUCUGAAUUUCUAUGCUAUUUUGCUCAUUCCCUCACAGCCUUAAAUACUUGAUUUGAUCCACAUCUCUUUCAAUUCUUUUCAUGUUUAUUUUGUUUUGACAAUAUGAAAGUAACAAGUAUUCAAUUUAGUCCAACAAAAGAAAAGUACUCGAAUUUGACAAACACCAAAAAUAAAUAUCGAAAUCUGGACAUUGUAAUAAAUAAACGAUUAAAAAACACAAC